AUGUUGUUGAUCCCGUUCCUAGGGAUCUGCUUGGGCAUGACUCUCUGGAGUCAGUGGCUCCCCAUUCCGGGGGUCACUGUUCCAGAGAUGUCGUUCAGGGAGCGUCUGUCUGGUGCUGUCCAGCUGACUUUGGGGUCUUGGAUCGUCUAUGACACUGUGGACACUCUGAUGUCCCAGCGUCCUCACUCCGGUGAUACUGCCGUUGUGAGUGCCGUUGUGAAUGCCGUUGUGAGUGCCGUUGUGAAUGCCGUUGUGAGUGUCGUAGACGGUCAUGGGUAUGCCAACACGACCGACUUCUUGGUAAUCAGUCCUGUAACGGAUGUUAUGGUCCCGCUUACGCGGGCCGAUACCAUGCCGUCCUGGUUUCCAACUGGUGUCAAGGUACCCAUCCCGGGUCUGGCCUGGUGUAGCGUCGGAGUGACAACUUCUCUUCCCGAAGAAGUUGUCGACAUCCACCCGCUCAAAUCAGGCCCUGGGCAAGGUCUCUUCGUCCCCCUGCUGUGUGUCGUUGUCUGGUGUUUUGUCCAAGGUCCCAUGGCCUUGAUUGCUUACACACGGCGAUUUGUUUCCUUUGUUGUCCGGACCUUGGCUGAGCGGAUACUGGGCGAUCUUGAGGGCCAACCGCAAAUUGCCCGUGUGCAACUUGUGGCCGAGGAAGAUUCAACUUUGUACGACAAGUUGGAUUUUCUGAUCGCCGGCUUGAUGGAUCUCCAGGAUGAAACUCUUGCUUGGGUCUUGGCCGUGGACAGUCGUCCCGACUCGGUGUCUCACGUGUCUGUUCUCUCUCACGCUGGGGGUAUCUGGGUUCACCGGAUCCGCUCGGAGGGUGAGCAGGCACGGGACCGGAAGUCGGCCCGCGAUACCACCACCAAUGGCACAGGCAGCGGCUGUCAGCUUCCCGGGAACCCACCUGGGAUGGAUGCAUUUAAGCAGGACGAUGCCUCGGCUUCGGCUGAGGUUCUGAAUGCGAAGGGUGCGGAUAUCGAAGGUGAUGGGUCCCCCCAGAAGAGGAAGAGGAAGAACCGUCCGUCGCAAGCAAAGAGACGUCGCUUUAAGCGGAGGUUACUCGAGGCGAGCGAGAAGGAACUGGAACAGGCCCUCUUCCGCUCAAGGUACACCUCGCGCGGCGUGCCUUUAUCGGCUUUGGCUCCGGUCUUCGUUCCCACUCAUCUGGCGGAGCAGGAGCGGCAGAGUGGUCCUCUUUCUUCGGCUCCCGUGUCUAUGCAAAUAGGCAUUGAUCCUCCUGACGACUGUGGUACGGGUGCGCAUGAUAAUGGUGUCCCUCCACAGCGGUCCUUCCGCCGCCGUCGUCAUCGAAAGCGUAAAGCCUAG